AUGGCAGAAGCUCACCAGGCGAUUGGCGUCUUUGGCGAACAUAAACGCGGUAUUGAAUUGCUUUAUUCCGAUGAAGGUAUUCGUAUUUCAUUUACAAUUCCACCACCACACGCCAUUCGACGUUCUCUCGUCCGUGAGUUUUUCCACAUCCAACGAGCUCUUAAACGUGGUGUCUAUCCAGCUCCACCUUUUGUAGCCAUUUUAACAAUUAUAGCCAUCUCAGUCAUUGUUGUAUCAUCUCCAACGGAUUCAUGGUGGCGGAAUGGGUUGAUCUCUGUGCUCGUAUGGCGUAUCGGGAAUUUCUUGAUGCCGUAUUGGCAUAUUGUACCUACUUCGGUCUAUAUCGCGUAUUUAGCAGCCUGGACAGCAUUUCUUGGUUUAUUAGGGCUCAUGGCAGUGCAACGAUUGUUUCUUCGACUGUUACUAAGCUACAGAGGCUGGUUAUAUCUUGCACCAAAGCAAAAGAAUCGUGUGGUUAUUAUCUGGGCAGCUUUAUUGAAGAUUUUUGGUGGUCGUAGCCCUUUGACGUACUCAUUUCAGGAUGCAUUGCCAAGGUUACCAUUGCCAUCACUGAAAGACACGAUACAGCGAUACAUGAAGUCAAUACAUCCGCUGCUUACACAGGAGGAAUAUGACGAUGUUGAGCGCAUGGCGCAGGAGUUUGUGCACAAGGAAGGCCCAAAACUUCAGUUUUAUCUGUAUCUCAAGAGCUGGUGGUCGUCUAAUUAUGUCACAGACUGGUGGGAGAAAUACGUGUAUCUUAAAGGCCGAUCGUCACUUAUGAUUAACAGUAAUUACUACGCGCUACCAGGUGCUAAUCUCGACUUUAGCUUAACAAAAAAGCCCUUGGCACUGGCUGCUGUACUCGUGCAUGAGUUCUUGCUCUUUAAACAGGAUCUAGACAGAGAGCGUUUGGCACCGCAGCUCAUUCGUGGCAUUGUCCCGCUCUGUAUGAGCCAGUACCAGCGAAUGUUUUCGUGCACUCGUAUUCCAAGGCGUGAGACAGACAUUAUUAAGCUGUAUCAACACAAAUCGAAACACAUUGCAGUGUUUUGCCACGGUCGCGUGUUCAAGAUGCCUUUGUUUGAAAAGGGUCAAUACGGCAAGUUGCUUUCAAAGCUCGAGAUUCAGCGCCAAUUUGAGUGGAUUGAGGCGACGGCUUUAUCAAUGGAUACUCCGACGAAUGCAGAGCAAAAUCUUGCCGCGCUGACCGCAGCUGGGCGUAUUGAGUGGGCGGAAAACCGCGAACAAUAUUUGUCAAGUGGCAUUAACAAGCGUUCGCUGGAGGCCAUCGAGUCGGCUGCGUUUGUGGUGGUUUUGCAAAACGAGGUGGCCAAGGACUGGACAUCGAUGGGCAAAGAUCUUAUUCACGGUAAUGGCGGCAACCGCUGGUUUGACAAGUCGUUUAAUCUGGUAGUUUACAAAAACAGUGUUGCUGGAAUCAAUGCAGAGCAUGCGUGGGCUGAUGCGCCGGUGAUGGCUCACGCGUGGGAGCAGGUGUACACAAAGCAAUGUUAUUCCAUGCCGUACGAUAGAAAUGGAGACGCUCUGGUCCUGUCCGAAGCUGAACGUACGUCCAAACUGCCACCCUGUAGAUUGCUGGAGUGGGACUUUACUUCGGGGCUUGACCACGCUGUGUUGAGAUCUCUAGAAGAGGCUGAGAAGGCCAUCAGCGAUUUUGAUUUGAAGGUGAUUUUGCACACAAAUUAUGGCAAAGGACUUAUCAAGAAGUUUCGUGUGAGCCCUGACGCGUUCAUUCAAAUGGCGUUGCAGCUUGCGUACUACCGCAACUCGGGCACCAUCACGCAGACGUACGAGUCGAGCAUGACUCGACUGUACAAAAACGGUCGUACGGAGACAGUCCGGACAGUAACAGAUGAGUCGAAGGAAUUUGUGUUUGGUAUGGCAAAUUCCAAGCUAUCGGACGCUGAGAAACUCAAGCUGCUUCGACGCGCUUGUGAGGUGCACCAAGAUAACUACCGUAAUGCUAUGAGCGGCAAGGGCGUUGACCGUCAUCUCUUCACGCUUUAUUGUGUGUCAGUGGGUUUUGGCAUUGAGUCUCCUUUCCUAAAUAACGCACUAAGCCGUCCGUGGCGUUUGUCGACAAGCCAACAGCCGCAGCAGCAGACGGACAAUUGGCGUUUGGUUGAGAAUGCUCUGCAAGAAUCUGAAUUCACAAUUGAGGAUGCACGUUGCCCUGGUGGUGGGUUUGGACCAGUAGCAGAAGAUGGUUACGGUGUUAGCUACAUGGUUGCAGGCGAAAAUAUGCUUGGCUUUCACAUUUCCAGCAAGAAAUCAUGUCCAUCUACGAGCUCAGACAAGUUUGCGGAUGAUAUUGAGCAGGCACUGGCCGAUUUACAAUCACUAUGGCAUCCAAAAGAGUAA